AUGCUGUCCUUCUGUGAUUCCACGUUGAGUUCCUUCCCACCCGGCCGACAGUGGCGGUCCGUGUGCGUGCCCGGGCCCGUGCGAGCUGUGGCUGUGGGCAGUGUGUGGCCGCGGGCUCCGGGCCGGGACAGCGAGCACCUGCGGGAGCUCCCGGNCAGCGCAGCCGGCCCCGGCCCCUGCCCCGGCGUGCCCACCGCGCCUCUCAAGUGUAUUUUUAGCGGCGGUUUAUGUAACUGCCGGUGCCUGUAUUUCCAGCCCCGUGCGACUCCUUUUGGUAAAAAAUCAGCUUUUCUUUUUCGAAACGCGCGUCUCUUGCGGAUAGAUGGAGAACCCGAGGAAAACCCGGUUUUUAGCAACUGCUUACUGAUGUGUCACCCGCGUGGGCCUCUUUGCCAAGCGCUCGCGCCUGGCUGGAGUCAGCGCUUCACUCGGUCACGGGGACUCUUUCCAGAGCAUUUAGCAAAGGCAGAUGAGAUUAUCGUUGGAGAAACUGCAGUCUUUUGUCUACAGUUAGCUACAAAGGAUUUUGAAAACCAAGAGAAAACAAUAUUAACUGGAGACUGUUGUUAUAUAAAUCCACUGGUGCGCAGGACCAUCAGAUUCCUUGGAAUUUACGCAUUUGGACUGUUUGCUACGGACAUCUUUGUAAAUGCUGGACAAGUAGUAACAGGGAAUCUUGCACCCCAUUUUCUUGCACUUUGUAAACCCAACUAUACAGCACUUGGAUGUAAACAGUAUACACAGUUCAUCAAUGGUGUACAUGCCUGUACUGGAAAUCCAGACCUUAUCAUGAAAGCCAGAAAGACUUUCCCAUCCAAAGAAGCAGCACUAAGUAUAUAUGCAGCUAUGUAUCUGGCUAUGUAUAUCACCAACACAGUGAAAGCCAGAGGAACAAGGCUUGCAAAACCUGUUCUGUGUUUGGGUUUAAUGUGCUUGGCUUUCCUUACUGGAAUCAACAGAGUAGCAGAGUAUCGAAACCACUGGUCAGAUGUAAUAGCAGGAUUUGUAAUUGGAAUAUCUAUAGCAGUAUUUUUGGUUGUUUGUGUGGUAAAUAACUUCAGAGGACGUCAGCCAGAACAUGAACAUUCUCAUCUGGAUAAUCUGACCCAGAUGCCCAUGAUCAGCAUACCAAGAGUAGAAAGCCCUUUAGAAAAGAACCACAUCACGGCCUUUGCAGAAGUCACAUGAUGAUGCUGAUGUAUAUUCACUCCAUUGGACUUCAUCUCUUUUCACAGCCCACACAUGAUAUUUGCAGUGUAUCAAAAAUAAGAAAUUUUUAGAAGUCCUAUUUCUGACUUGAUUUUUACAUCACUAAAAGGAUACCAACAUUUUGAAGAAUUCUUAAAUAUUAGAACGUCACUUUACUUUCUAGCAGAAAUAUUAACUGUUUACUUUUAUGAUGGAAUGGGACAAACUGAGCACUAAUUAUCUGACCUUUCCCUCUAUUUUGGCUUCUCAUUGUUUUCAAUGGUUCAUGUACCUAUUCCAGCAGUACUUUGUAUUUUGAUUUAACUUUGAUUUUUAAAAUCUACAUUUUUAAUUCAGCAUGAACUUGUUUCCAUUUGAGGCAAUUUCAGUGUAUAAAAACUAGCAAAUAUUAUGUUCUGUAUGAAAAUGCUGUUUGCACAUUGUAUUACGCUGUAUUCCAUGUAAGAUAUCAUUCAAACAGUAUGUUACAUGUAAGACUGGUGCUUCUGCUUUUGAAGAGAAAAAAAAUGCCAAUUUUUACUGUAAUAAGUAUUGUAUCAUAAUUAAAAGUUUAUUUAUUUGGAUAUUUUCCUGACAUAAUUGUAGUUGAAUUGUUGUUUUGUAGUUCCUGAAUGUCUUGGAUGACAUACAUAUAUGUAUUCUAGGUUAAAAGAAAUGAGAAUCAUAUAGAAAGUUUGAUCUUUGAUAUAUUCUUUAUUACUAAUGAUAUCCCAUGAAAGGUUAAGGGCUUCGUUCUUAGCUUAGCAUAUCUGAUGGGAAGCUGUGCUAUUCAUAAAUCAUUUAAACAGAUUAUUCAAGGCAGCCUGCAUCUUCUCAUGAUUGUUAUACUCCCUGAUACUAUGCUGGGAGUAUGGGUGCUAAGAUAAGAAGAGGGUCACCAACUUAGUGAGAAAAGUUCAUCUGAGUUUCUACUCUCCAUUUUCAUGGAAGACUCUUGGAAAAAACAAAUUUUUUUUUCAGCCUAAUUGACCAGGAUAGGUAGACUUUCUCUACAAAGCUUUUUAUCUCUGUUUGUGUUUGAGGCUCAUACUCUUAAAAAAAAGAAAAAAAAAAAAUCCUCUGCCAGUCUGCGUGGUGUUGACGAAUUGAUUUUUCUUCAGCAUGAGCCAGUGUUACCAUAUCUCUGUUACUGCUGUGAAUAUUCAGAUUAAGCCUCCCCUUUGGAAGAGUCUUGCUGACUAUUCAUAGUGAAGUUGUCCAUAAAAAUUGAGCACCAGAUGAAUCUGAACAUUGUAAAUACUGAAGACAUUCUUAAUAUCUGCCAGAAAGUUUCCCUCUGGCAGGAGCUAGUAAAAUGCUAGCACUAUAGAAACACUGAGAAUGCUAUUGGUCAGUGGAGGCUGUUGAGUAUUUUAGGCCUUAAAUUUUCCAGAGUUCAGUGUAUUUCCUGUGCAUUAAUCAUUGUUAGAGUAUGUUUGAAACACAAGGUAUAGUCAAGGUAGAAUCAGGUAUAUUUUUUCUAUGAUGAAUUUUAAUGCAUUCUCACAUAGUCAUCAGGUAAUGCCUGCUUUUACUUUUUGUUUUAGCCUUUGCUUUCACUAAAAUACAACUACCUAAAGAGUGCUUGGCAAACAGGGCAAGGCCAAGUUGUCUCUGAGUGCAAUAGAGCAUAUGCCACGAAGUCAUUGUGCUAAGCUGAGAAUUAAGAGACUGAAGAAAUAUAUCUGUGGGGAGGAAAAAACCUAGAAUAGAGUCCUUAGCUACAACUAGGUUACUUAGGUGAUUGAAAAUCCACCUUUAUUAGACUAUCAACUGUGUUUACAAAAUUGUAGUAGAUCCAAAGUUUGUAUCACCGUGUUAGCUCACUUACCCUGCUCUUAGUCUAGCUAGUUAGGUUCUGAGGUACUAAUGAUUUCUCUGUGUGCAGAUUUAAAUGAAAUCUUCACUCAUUUUUGCAUGGUAGCAAAUCUGCAUUUUUUAUAUCUGAUUUAUAAGAUUACCAAGAGAUUCUUUUAUGUUAAAAGAGAUGACUCUUUUUCAGUGUACUGUACAUCAUCAGCUUGUAACUGGUCUCUUUCUCAGGAUCUUUCCCAGUCAAAUAUUUGGGUUAAAUUUAUCAUUCUAUCUCUGUGAACCAGCAGUGAGAAAACAAAAAGAGAGACACUCUGCUGUAUAAUGUAUUUUUAAAUAAAAUAAUUUUUCAUUCAUA